AUUCACACGCAGGGGAGCAGUCGGACAGAGAGCACCGCCGCCACUCCGUGUGACCAGCGUGGAAAUGUGCCCAAGUUGUGGAAUUUAAAACCAUGGCGGGGAUAUCAACCCUCAGGAUCACUUAGACGCGGCUCCUACCUUGUGCCUCUUUGGAUGAUGUUCCCGAUGACUGCUCACAACUCUGAAAACCGGACAGUGGACCAAUAGGAGUUUUGAUUCCCCUUCCCUGCUCCUUCUCCCUCCCUUAAGCUCUCCUUUCUUAUUCUUUAAUAGUGGAGGAGGCAAAGACCUAAAUCCUGACUUGGAUCUAGGUAGCAGAGAUUGUUCUCCUUCUCCUUCUUCCUUUCUCCUCCCCCACCCCCCAAGGCCUUGCCUCUGGGCACUUCAGAAAUGUGUCCUCUCUCUCGGACUUUAGCCUUCCCUGGCCAGGGGAACUUGCUCCUCCUGUUGGGGGUUAUACUCCUCAUGGUCCCGUCACUCGCUGGAGGUCAACCCCCAACCUUCAAACGCUUUGCUCCCCCUGACAGUUUUCUUACACAUCUGGCAAUCCACAACAAAACUGGAGAGGUCUAUGUGGGAGCCUUCAACUGGAUUUUUAAGCUGUCCAGCAACCUGACUAAACUGCGCAGCCACAUGACCGGGCCAGUGUUGGACAAUGAAAAAUGCUACCCUCCACCCAGUGUCCAGUCUUGUCCUUAUGACCUUGCCCAAACCCCCAACGUGAACAAGCUGCUUCUUAUAGACUAUGCCCAAAACCGCCUCAUUGCCUGCGGCAGCACCUCACAGGGCAUCUGUCAGUUUUUACGUCUAGAUGAUCUCUUUAAGCUCGGUGAGCCUCACCACCGUAAGGAACACUACCUUUCCAGUGUGGCAGAGUCGGGGACCAUGUCGGGAGUCAUCAUAAGCUCUCCCCAAAACCCUACUAGCAAGCUGUUUAUUGGAACCCCCAUUGAUGGAAAAUCGGAGUACUUCCCAACACUGUCCAGUCGCAAACUGAUGAAGAAUGAAGAAGACGCAGACAUGUUCAGCUUUGUGUAUCAGGAUGAGUUUGUCUCCUCUCAGCUAAAAAUCCCCUCGGACACUCUAUCCAAGUUUCCUGCUUUUGACAUCUAUUAUGUGUACAGCUUCAGUAGUGAACAGUUCGUCUACUAUCUAACAAUGCAGCUAGACACCAAACUGACCUCAACCGACGGCAGUGGGGAGCAGUUCUUCACCUCCAAAAUUGUCCGCCUUUGCAUGGACGACCCCAAGUUUUACUCUUAUGUUGAGUUCCCCAUCGGAUGCACCAAAGACGGGAUAGAGUACCGCCUGCUGCAGGACGCUUUCCUGGCUCGACCAGGCCGGCAGCUUGCAAAUUCUUUGGGGAUUUCUGAGAAUGAAGACAUUCUCUUUACGGUUUUCUCUCAGGGUCAGAAAAAUCGGGAAAAGCCACCCAAAGAAUCUGCAAUGUGCCUGUUUACCCUGAGGAAGAUAAAGGAGAAGAUCAAAGAACGUAUUCAGUCCUGCUACAGAGGAGAAGGGAAGCUCUCUUUACCCUGGCUGCUUAAUAAGGAGCUCGAGUGCAUCAACUCGCCUCUACAGAUAGACGAUAACUUCUGUGGUCAGGACUUCAACCAACCUCUUGGAGGAAUCAGCACCAUCGAGGGCACCCCUCUCUUCAUAGACAAGGAUGACGGCAUGACUUCUGUGGCUGCCUAUGACUACCAUGGCAACACAGUGGCGUUUGUUGGUACCCGCAAUGGAAAACUAAAGAAGAUCCUGGUGAACUCUGUGAGCUCCAACCGCCCGGCCGUUCCGUAUGAGAAGGUGACCGUCAGCGAAGGAGGGAGCCCUCUCCUCAGAGACCUGCUGUUCAGCCCUGACCUGCAGCACAUCUACACUCUGACUGACAGACAGGUGGUGAGGGUUCCAGUAGAGAGCUGCGAGCAGUACACCACUUGUGGGGAGUGUUUGGGCUCCAGAGACCCUCACUGUGGCUGGUGUGUUCUCCACAACAUAUGUUCUCGUAAGGACCGUUGUGAACGAGCAACCGAGCCCCAGAGGUUUGCAUCUGACCAGAGAGAGUGCGUGGAGCUUACAGUUCAGCCAAGAAAUAUAUCUGUCACCAUGUCUGAAGUUCAGCUGGUCCUCCAGGCUCGUAAUGUGCCCGAUCUGUCAGUGGGGGUUAACUGCUCCUUCGAGGACUACGUGGAGACAGAGGGACGAAUUCAGGGUGGACACAUCUAUUGCUUGUCUCCUUCUGCGAGGGACAUCGCCCCCAUCACCAGGAACAAAGGGGACAAGCGGGUGGUGAAGCUCUACCUUAAGUCCAAGGAGACGGGCAAAAAGUUUGCCAGCGUUGACUUUGUCUUCUACAACUGCAGUGUCCACCAAUCCUGCCUAUCCUGUGUGAAUGGCUCCUUCCCAUGCCAUUGGUGCAAGUACCGCCACAUGUGCACCCAGAAUGCCUAUGAUUGCUCUUUCCAGGAAGGACGUGUCAACCAUUCUGAGGAUUGUCCCCAGAUUCUGCCAUCAACCCAGAUUUACAUGCCGGUCGGAGUCACCAAAUCGAUCACCUUGGCAGCCAGGAACCUUCCCCAACCUCAGUCCGGACAGAAGCCCUACGAGUGCGUCUUUGACAUUCAGGGUCAGACCUACAACGUGGCUGCACUGCGCUUCAACAGCACCUCCAUCCAGUGCCAGAAAAUGGCGUAUAAUUAUGAGGGCAGUGAUAUCAGCGACCUUCCCGUAGAUCUGUCUGUGGUUUGGAAUGGAAACUUUGUCAUCGACAACCCCUACAACAUUAAAGCUCACCUGUAUAAAUGCUAUGCGCUAAGAGACAGCUGCGGGAUGUGUCUGAAGGCAAACGCCAGGUUCGAGUGUGGUUGGUGUGUAGGAGACAAGAAGUGCUCCCUCAGACAGGAGUGCACUACCCCCGAGAGCGUCUGGAUGCACGCUGCAACUGGAAACGCCCGCUGUGCUCACCCAAAGAUCACAAAGCUUGUUCCAGAAACGGGGCCCAGACAGGGAGGCACUAUGCUGACUAUCACCGGUGAAAACCUGGGUCUGCAGUUUAAGGACAUCGAAAAUGGAGUGCGCAUCGGGAAGGUGGCAUGCAACCCUCAGCCGGACAAAUACAUCAGCCCUGAGCGGAUCGUGUGCCGACUGAAUGAUGCCACGGGUUACAGAGUGCAGGAUGCCCAGGUGGAGGUCUGCGUAAGGGACUGCAUCCACCCUGACUACAAAGCUGUUUCACCUAAAGCCUUCACCUUUGUGUCUCCAUAUUUUAACCGCGUUCACCCAUCCGCCGGCCCUCUGUCUGGAGGAACAAGGAUCACCAUUGAAGGCAGUCAUCUUAAUGCAGGCAGUGCCGUAGCUGUGAAGAUCGGCCUUCACAAUUGUACCUUUGAAAGGCGGACCAGCAAGGAGAUUGUGUGUGUAACACCGGCUGGACAGGCAACAGGCCCCACUCCAGUUAUGGUUGACAUCAACGCUGCAGAGCUGAGAAACCCUGAGGUCAAGUUCAACUACACGGACGAUCCCACCAUUCUCAAGAUCGAACCCGACUGGAGUAUCGCCAGCGGAGGCCUGUUGCUGACCAUAACUGGAACCAAUCUGGCCACCAUCAAAGAGCCCAAAAUGAGAGCCAAAUACGGAGCGGCACAGUCACAAAAUAACUGCACGGUUCUCAACAACACCGUCAUGAUUUGCCUGGCGCCCUCUGUGGCCAAAUCGGACCGAGGCUUCUCUGAGAUGGGAACCAGUCCUGACGAGAUCGGGUUCGUCAUGGACGGCGUGCGCUCCGUACUGGUGAUCAACGAGACCUUCAGCUACCACCCAGAUCCGGUCUUUGAGUCUCUGAGUCUCAGCGGCAUAUUGGAGCUGAAGCCCAGCUCGCCACUCAUACUCAAGGGUCGUAACCUAAUUCCUGCAGCCCCAGGAAACACUAAGCUGAACUACACGGUGCUGAUCGGAGACACGCCCUGCGCCCUCACCCUGUCUGAGAGCCAGCUGCUGUGUGAAUUGCCUACAUUAACUGGGGAGCACAAAGUCACAGUCCGUGUCGGUGGCUUUGAGCAUUCACUUGGGACUCUGCAGAUCUACUCCGACACUCUUCUCAGCACGCCUGCCAUCAUCGGCAUUACACUAGGCGGCAGCCUGCUUCUGCUGGUCAUCAUUGCGGUUCUGAUCGCGUACAAGAGGAAGUCGAGGGACGCCGACCGCACCCUGAAGCGUUUGCAGAUGCAGAUGGACAAUCUGGAGUCGAGGGUGGCCCUGGAGUGCAAAGAAGCCUUUGCAGAGUUGCAGACAGACAUCCAUGAACUGACGCAGGAGCUGGACGGAGCAGGAAUCCCCUUCCUGGACUACCGCACAUACGCCAUGAGGGUCCUCUUUCCUGGGAUUGAGGACCAUCCUGUACUCAAGGAGAUGGAGGUCCAAGCCAAUGUGGAGAAGGCCCUGACGUUGUUCGGCCAGCUACUGACCAAAAAGCACUUCUUGCUGACAUUCAUCCGCACGCUGGAAGCUCAGAGGUCCUUCUCCAUGCGAGAUAGAGGCAACGUUGCUUCUCUCAUCAUGACAGCCCUGCAGGGGGAGAUGGAGUACGCCACGGGUGUCCUCAAACAGCUCCUGUCUGACCUUAUCGACAAAAACCUGGAGAGCAAGAACCACCCCAAGCUGCUUCUCAGGCGGACGGAGUCUGUAGCUGAGAAGAUGCUCACCAACUGGUUCACCUUCCUGCUGUACAAGUUCCUCAAGGAAUGUGCUGGUGAGCCUCUCUUCAUGCUGUACUGCGCCAUGAAGCAGCAAAUGGAAAAAGGUCCCAUAGAUGCAAUCACAGGAGAAGCCCGCUAUUCUCUCAGCGAGGAUAAACUCAUCAGACAACAAAUUGACUACAAAACUUUGACGCUGCACUGUGUGAAUCCAGAGAACGAAAAUGCCCCCGAAGUGACAGUUAAGACCCUUAACUGUGACACAGUGACUCAGGUGAAGGAAAAACUGCUGGACGCUGUGUACAAGGGGACCCCCUACUCCCAGAGACCAAAAGCCUCAGAUAUGGAUCUUGAGUGGCGGCAGGGCAGGAUGGCACGGAUCAUCCUUCAGGACGAGGACGUCACCACAAAGAUCGAUAACGACUGGAAGAGACUCAACACUCUAGCUCACUACCAGGUGACGGAUGGCUCAGUGAUCGCCCUGGUGCCCAAACAGAACUCGGCCUACAACAUCUCCAACUCCUCCACGUUCACCAAGUCCCUCAGCAGAUAUGAGAGCAUGCUGAGGACAGCCAGCAGCCCAGACAGCUUGCGCUCCCGAACACCCAUGAUCACCCCUGAUCUGGAGAGCGGCACCAAGCUGUGGCAUCUAGUAAAGAACCACGACCACUCAGACCAAAGGGAGGGGGACCGGGGGAGCAAGAUGGUCUCAGAGAUCUACCUGACCAGACUGCUCGCCACUAAGGGUACCCUCCAGAAGUUUGUGGAUGAUUUGUUUGAAACCAUCUUCAGCACAGCUCACCGCGGCAGCGCCUUGCCCCUCGCCAUUAAAUACAUGUUUGACUUCCUGGAUGAGCAGGCGGACAAACACUCAAUAACAGACCCUGACGUACGGCACACCUGGAAGAGCAACUGCCUUCCGCUGAGGUUCUGGGUGAAUGUAAUAAAGAACCCACAGUUUGUCUUUGACAUCCACAAGAACAGCAUCACAGAUGCCUGCCUGUCUGUGGUGGCUCAGACUUUCAUGGACUCGUGUUCAACAUCGGAGCACAAACUGGGAAAGGAUUCUCCUUCUAACAAGCUGCUGUACGCUAAAGACAUCCCCAACUAUAAGAACUGGGUUGAAAGGUACUAUUCGGACAUCUCCAGGAUGCCUGCCAUCAGUGACCAGGACAUGAGUGCCUACCUGGCGGAGCAGUCCCGGCUGCAUGCCAACCAGUUUAACAGCAUGUCAGCUCUACACGAGAUCUACUCCUAUAUAGUCAAGUACAAAGAUGAGAUCUUGUCAGCUUUGGAGCGGGACGAGCAGGCGAGGAGACAGAGACUGAGGAGCAAGCUGGAGCAGGUCAUCGACACAAUGGCCCUGGCCAGCUGAGGACAAUCCACCUGCUCCCUCUCCUCACUGCUCUCCUCCAUCUGUUGCUCUGUCUCCCUCGCUCCUCUCAGACAACAAACAAACAAACAGACAGAAAAAGGUCCAACCCCCAGAAACACGGACUGCUAAAGUACCGCGGCAGUAUACUCCAGACUUGGGGUGGGGUUCGGCGGAGAUGGGCGGGCCUGUGUACGCUUACAUGUGUAUGUUUGUGUUCGUCUGCAGCCCCGGCGCAGCAUCUGGGCUUUUGUCUGUGUGAGAGACUCGGACUCCGGACAUUUUUCACACCUGCGUCAAAUGGAGAACAAGUCCCCCGAUAGCGUGUGAUUAUCGUGGAUGUUGGUGUUUGUGAUUUGCCUGAGUUUUGUUUUUCUUUUUCUGGGGGUAUUUUAGAAGAAGAUGUCCUUAUGACACUGAUGAUGAUCAGGAAAAAGCUCAGACACUCCAAACAUGGCGUCACCAACAGAGUGGACCAAUCUGUUAGAGCCAAUGGAGACCGGCUCUGAAGGUCAUGUGAUUCGUCACGCUUUUCUUUUUCUUUUCUUUUUUGUAUAAAUGUAAUCAACUGCCCACUCUCUGAUCUCUCGCCACUUGUAUUACUGCUGAAUUUGCACAAUUUACAGAAACGUUACAAAGCAAGACUAUAUAGAUAUUAUAUAUAGAUACAGUUUUUAAAGAAAGAUUAGAGAGGAAAACAUUUUUGUUGUUUCUUUUUUUUUGUUGAAUCCGGUACAAUUUAAAAACAAAACAGUGAGACAUGAUUUGAUAUUUCAAGUACAAAAGAAAUGACUCCAAGUAGGCAGAAAAUGAAUGAAAAUCUAAAUAAAAAAAUUGUACUGUGCCAUGUUUUCUUUGAAUGUUGUUAAGUGCAAAGACAUUUUGUUAGAUGGAAUGUGAUACAGUCUGUUUUUCUUUUUAUAUGAACAUUGCUUAGUGACUGAAAAGAGCUGAUUGGGAUCAUUGUUGAACGUGGAAGUAAAUAUAGCGGCGGACAAAAACUUCAUUAAAAUGCUGUUUUGAUUCAGACGGUUUUAUAAAGCCAAAUAUGAGGCCAUUGUUACUUUGCUGUUAGCUUCUAGCUCCUCAGCUGCUCCUCCAGGAUCGAGAAAAGAUACCUGAUCUUUUUCUUUUAGCGACUCAACAAUGAAGUAGCAACAUUGCACUACCUAAAACAUUUAGCUGUAGUUUCCCCAAUGUUUCCACCAUGUGGUUGAACUGGUCACUAAUGAGUAAGUGGUUAACUGUUUUCAGUAAUGGGAGAAAAAAAAAAAGUGUAUACAUAAUUAGGAUUCAUCAGAGUAAUAGUUUUCAAGUAUUUAUUUCUGUUAAAUAUGUUUAUCCCUGCUUAUGAAAACAAAAUGGUUACAGGAAAAACACUUGCGGCUUCUUUUUCAAUGUGACACAGGGGCUGUCGGUCCCAAUAUUUCUGUUGCGUUAUUAGCUUGCUUUAAAGGCGAUUUAAGUUAUUCUAGAUUGGUAGCGCUGGAGUCUGACAUCUUUGUCUCGGCAAUUCCCCGUAGAUUCUGCGCUGACCUUUGACCUGGGGAGGUCUCUUACUCUCCCCUCCAUCUCAAAACUCCUGGACCUUGAUUUCUAAAUAAAAUAAAAGAUUUUCUUUCCUUUGAGAAGACAAGGGGCUUCCUUUUUUCUUUAGAUGCCUCUAAUGUCGAUGAGUCAUAUGACUCAGGUGUCCUGAAAACAUCUGUCUGAAGCACCGACUCUAGUCGCUGUCCAAACCCUAAAAUGCACCUUCCCUUAUCAUCAAGGUUUCUUUUGUUGCGUGUCCACCUUUUCCUACCAGACUGUUUUUUUUUCUCCUUUCCACUCAGUUUCCCCCCAGCAUCCUUGUAGACAGCUCUUAUCAAUUACCUAAUUUCUGCAACAAACUUGCUUUUUUUUUUUUUUCGAGGGGUGGAAUAAUGCUGUCAGUCUCCCUUAUGACCCAGAAGCCCAUAUGAUAUCAUUCUGUAUUAAAAAAAAAAAAUUUAUUUGGUUAUUAGUAUUAUUUUUCUGUGAGAAGCGACAUGUUUUAUUUGCAUUAAUCCUUAUGGUCAAAAUGCACAGGAAUAAACUAUUGAAAUCUAUCACUCUGCAUACAGGGAAUCUUUUGUAAUCUUUUUUUUUUCUUGGUGGUCUGAUUUACUGUGAUGCAACAAUCAUGAUUCCACAAGUCAUCAGUUUAUUUUUGCAAAGUUCUUAAAGAUUUGUCCAACUAAUGAGCACAGCCAAACUCUCUCUGUUUGCAGACUACUGUUAGGAGUUCAGGUAGCAUUUAGCUGAGCCCCUUAGAAGCAAAACGAAGUCAAAAAAGCUGUUUUUAGCCUCCAGCUAAUAUUCUCCAGCAUUCCUCAGUGUUAAUAUCCACAUAAAGAAGGCACGAGAAAUACAUAUAUAGGGAGCAUUCUGCUCACCUCCAACUUCUACAUUUAAAAGAUGGGUUUCAGUUUUGCCUCCAUGCUGAGAUGGUGGAAGCAGCUCUGUUGAUUAGCCACAUCAGACGGAGUAAUCCUCCUCUCAGCCUGCAGCUCUUGUUUUAAAACUAGUCUGUUGCCACAUGUGGCUUAAGCUUUUUUAUAUUUCUUUUCCUCCUUAAGAAGAUUUUUUUUUUUUUUUUAAGUCUUGGCGUUAGUUUUUGACUUUGUGCUAAGAAUUUUUUUUCUUGCUCGCCGAUAAACCAAACUGUGGUCUGUAAAAUGUUUUUGUUAAUGUUUAAUUUGUAAAUUGUAUACUUUUUUCAUAAUGAACAAAUGUGCUUCUCCAUUCAUAUCCCCUUUUGUUUUUUUGUUUCAAUCAUGUAAAUUGUAUAUUUUUACGGUACAUGGAAGAGAAAAACUUCCUUCAGCUUGCAGGAAGUUGAAGUACUUGACCGAACUCUCGGGUUUUGUUUUUCCUGAUCUGAAGGAUCGGAUUGAAACGGUUCAUCGGGUCAGAUGAACCUCGGUGUCGUCAUGAUGGAAAUGUGAGUUGCUGCUUUAACUCUUGUUCCUUUUUUUUUUUUUUUUUUUCUACCCAACUUCAGGGCUUUCAUCAUAAAUGCUGUCACUGUUCAACCCCAAAAUGUCUGUGAAUCGACAUGCAUAUCAACCUUUGUUUAUUUUUUAUUUUCUUAACUGGAAACUUGUUUGAACUUGAUUGUUUACCCUGUUGACUGAAAACAAGCAGGCCUUUCCAUGCAAUAGUAAAAAAAUCACCUCUUUUUGAUUUAAAUAUUGGCUCUUAAGAUUUCCUGUUAAAUGGAAUAUGUAAAGAAUGAAAAACAUUUAAAGGAAUCUGGUUUGUGCAAUAUGCGUUCCUUUGCGGCGUCGGCAGCGGGCGUUUUGGAUAAGGACAUGGCUCUCUGCCCAGGACGUGGUUCUCUUAGAGGGCAGCAGAGGCUAUCCAAGGCAGUCAAAAAUGUUAGUGCGCCCC